AUGACAGGCACUGAGACUUCAAAUGCGGGAGGAGGUUUUGAUCUGUUACGAAGAGCAACUCAAGCAAUGAUGUCUAGCCCUUCACUCAGGACAAGCGGCGGUGGUGGCGAUAGGACGAUUGCAGUACCCGGACUUCCAGCACCUCAACUUCAGCGAAACCAAGUCAACGUCCUCUUCCGGCUAGAGCUGUUCAGUCCAGUCCCUGUUCUACGACACCGCCUACUGAGGGAACCCACCUCACCUCACAUGAAAAUGGAACCGCCUCCGGCGACUCUACAGGUGCUCAGACAAGCCUGUAUUCCACUUUUAGGCGCUGUUGGGCUCUAUCCAGUGGAUGGCUGCCCUGUAACUGCAGGUCAGGACGAUGAGGUGUCGACGCCUUGGCAUCAAGAGAGCAUGCAUUCCCCAUAG